AAGUCCUGCCACAACCUAUCAACCACAUCAGUCUCUACUGUCCUCUCCGCUAACCUUUCCUUCAAUCGUUCAUUUCUCACAUUCAUUCGUUUCAAACAGCCCUGUGGGCCUACUCGACGAGACACAUCCAUCUGUCUCUGAUUUCAGCAAAAUAUCUGACCGUGAGCUUGCAUCUUGUCGCCCAAGAUGAAGUUCUCCAACGCAUUCCUAGCGUCGCUCCUGUUCUUUGGCGUGACGCCCUUGGCUCUCGACAAGAAAAGGGAUGAGCACGCUCUUACGACAACCUCCAGCCCCUUCGCUACCACGUCAACCAUUUCUCUUGUUACGCCGGAUGAUGCAGGUGUUGUAGAAGUCACGGGCGGCACCCACGAUGUCCUCGAGGCCAGGGCCAGGGGUAGUCGCAAGACGACUACCUCGCGGACCAAAAAGACUAAGACUAAGACGGGAUCGAAGACCAAGGGAAAAAAGACGAAGACGAAGUGCACUGCUGCUAUGAAGAAAGCUGGCAAGUGCGCUACUAAGACAACAUGCACGGCAGCAGAGAAGAAAAAGAAUGGCGGCAAGUGCCCAGCGACAUGCACGGCAGCAGAGAAGAAAAAGAAUGGCGGCAAGUGCCCGACAUGCACGGCAGCAGAGAAGAAAAAGAACGGUGGCAAGUGCCCAGAUAAGAAGAAGAGGAACUGGGAGGUACUUUCCCCCACCAAGGGCUGCAGGCCCAAGAGAGCCCAGAAGGGCACAACAAGCGCAAAGGGCAGCAAGAAGAGCGGCAAAAAGACCACCAGAGACCUUUUCUCGACCAACAGCCUUACGCUUUCCAAGCGCGCUGCCACUUUUGAGCCUGCGGCCAAGACUGAAGCUGGUCUCAACGCUUGGACUAAAGAUGUGUGGGCGUCGUCUCCUAAGGUUCUGCAUAUGCCAGAGGACAGUUUCAAGCCCACUUCAUUUUUCAAGUCGUGGGCCUCAUUGGGCGCAGGUGUCAAUUUCGUGACUGUCAAGAGUCUGAUGGGAUGUACGUCCGUGGUCGCAGUCUCUGACGAGGGUGUCUACGUGUCACACCACUGGCAGAAUACGGUCGGUGACGCCUCGCACAAGGAUCUAACCCCGCAAUUCGACAACGCCUUCACCAACCCCCUGAGUGGCAAGCGCCGCGCCUCCUUCAAGCUCACUCCCGCGCAGCACAAGGAAGCCACGCUCUACAUGACCGAAGCCGACGUCAAGAAGGAAGUCGACGAUGUGUUUCCCACUUCGGGCUUCGAGGCGCUCACCGACCACAAGUCGCACUUCACUAAAAACGUGCAGUCGAUGGUCGCCGUGUGGGACGGCGUCGAGGGCACCGGCGACCGGUACAGGACGACGGGUGCGCUCAUGCAGAGUUAUGUCGACAGCCUACUGCCCGGGACUGCGACCAAGCUGGUCAAGUACGCGAACCCGGAAGAUGCGAGGGUUGCGUCGGGGAGUAACGACGAUUACCACGGCAAGGUUAUUGUGUCGUAUGACUCGGCGACGAAGAAGUACCAGGUUUGGAUGCCGGCUGCGAAGUUGACGGAGCCCAUUUUGAAGAACUAGAUGGCGCGGUUUGGGCGUGAGGUGUGCCCGAGUCAACUUCUCAGAGCACGUUGGCGGGCUUUUUACGCACUUCUCGGUGCGGUAUUGUGGGCUGUUCGGGAUUAGAUUGGAUUUACAG